UCGUUCGUUUGUGUUGUGAAAAAAGACAUUUUUCAUGUUUACUUUUUCUCUAAUUUUUACAUAAGAAAACAAUGAAUUUCACAACUUUUUCACGAUUUUCUCGAUUUUUUCUUCAAAAUUUUAAAAAUCAAUCAACUAAACAAUAUCAAAAGAAUACAAACACUUCAACAAAAUGCAUUCGACGAAUUGUCAUAAACCACAGGAACCAUUCACAUUCGUUUUCUUCAACAACUUCUAUCCCUCCGAUAGGAAUUAUCCUAGGAUUCAGUUUCUUUUCUAAAAAAGACGACGAAGAAACACCAGAAGACAAACUCAUUAUGACAAUUAAACGUUCUAUUCUAGCUAUUCAACGAAAAGAAUACGACAAAGCUGAACAAAUGCUUCAUUUAGCUCUUCGCAUGGCUCAGGAUCUCCAACACAAAGAUGGAAUCACUUAUGUUUAUGAUGUUUUGGCCAAUUUGGCAAUGGAACGAGGGCAAUUUAAAAAUGCAGAAAAACUAUUUGCUGAUGUUAUGAGAAGACUAUUUGCCAAUGGAGAAUCUGAAGAUAGUCUUAAGAUUAUCCAUAUGAGUUCUAAAAUCGCCCAUAUGGCACAUUUACAGGAAAACUUUGAGAAGGCCACACAAGGUUUUAAUUGGGCUUUGGAUAAGUUGAAAAAACUUCCAGAUUCUGAAGAUUUGAACGAAAUCAAAGCUAUAACUUGUGAUUGGUAUGGACAGUUGCUUGUCGAACAGCAAAAAUAUGCAGAAGCUAAGAAGUGUUUCGAGGAAGCAUUUGAUAUAUUUCUUAAAAAGUAUGGUGAAACAUAUUCUGAACUUGUUCCUUUACUUAAUAAUUUAAGUGUUGCAGCAUUGGGACUCCAUGACACUAAAUCAGCAAGAGAAUACCUAAAAAUGGCACUGGAACUUGUUAAAAAAAUUCCCGAAGCCACAAACGAAGGUCUUUUACAAGCCAAUUUGGGCUUAGUUUAUCUGCGAGACGGAUUGGCUGAACAAGCAAAAUCAACUUGUUCGUAUGCAUAUAGGUUAGGGAAAAAAAUGCAGGAUGAUGAUUCUGUAGAACAAGCAAAUUAUUGCUUGGACGAGAUCAAAAAGUUUACAAACGACAAAAAGGAGUAAGUUGUGGAUAUUUGUUUGUUGUAUUUAUAUUAUUUGAAGAGUCUAAGAAAAGUUAAUGUAAUUACUGUAAUAUAUAUUGUUUUGACUAAA